AUGCAUAUAUUUAAAAUGGCGGACGAGCUGGAAGGACUUCGGCGGGAGAUUGAAGAAAAAUCUUUGGAGCUUGAAUCAUUAAAAAACCUGUUAGCCCUCAAGGUAAGGAAUGUUAAUUGAUGAAUAGAAUGCAACAGUUUGUAGAGGCAUUAAGCCAUUUUAUUGCAAGGCCCUGUGCCCGCCCCUUUUGUGCAACUAUAAAGCUUCAUUAUGUUUGUUCAUUGGUUUGAUCUCCUUGAUCGAAUGCAACGUGGGUUUCAAAAAGGGACGCGAUUUUUGUUUGUAUUCAACAGUUUGCAAAUGUUAACCCAGGACCUUCUCAAGUACUGUAAUAGGGUCAAAGUGCAGAGUGCAGAGUUACUUUAUUAUGUGUCUCUUAAAAAAUAAUGUAAUUAUGUCAUCCUUUCUUUAGAAGGCUUGAAAUACUUCAUGGUCUGUGUUUUUAUAGGAAAAAGAGUAUGCUAGCCAUGCCCUAAAUGGGUGUCCUCCAGCAUCUAACAGCUCCAGUUUUAUAGAACCCCGGAAGAAAGACAAAUUAAAUAACAGGGAUAUUUUGCGGUAUAGCAGGCAACUGAUAUUACCAGAGAUUGGUGUUAAAGGUAUGGAGUUAUUAAAGAGAAACAGAAGUUAAUUUCAUUUUCAUGUUUAUGGUGUUGUUGUCAACCCUUUCAUUUCCAAAGUCAAUUUAAUAUUGACGGACAAAAUGUUGUUACAACUCUGUGGAUGAAAACCUUGACUUGAGCAUUUCCAUUAUAUGCCAGCUCUCCCAAAGUACCUAGGAGCAUCCUGAAUUUGGCACAAAAUCUUACGGUCUAUUCUUUUUUUUUUUUACUACAGUGUAUAUAAAAUGACCUUAAGGAUUUUCCUGAAAUUUUCAUAUUGAUAUUGUUUGGCGUGAAAGAGUUGAAAAACACAAAAUUAUAUUGAAAGUCACCAUGACAGCAAAUGACAUGCCAUCAUUAUUUUAAAUUUUGAAGCAUUGCUGGCCUCUUAUGAUUAGCUCAGAAAUUUCAUUCUUUCUAGCUGUGAUAUACCUCAUACCCCUAGUCUCAUGUGAUGAAUUUUUUUUUCCCCAGGACAGAUACACUUGUACAAUACAUCAGUACUCAUUGUAGGAGCCGGUGGUCUUGGGUGUCCUGUGGCACAGUAUUUAGCAGCCGCUGGAGUAGGUAUGCGUUUUGCCACUUAAGAAAUAAGGGAACUGGCAGUGUAGUGUGUUCAGAUCAAUUUAGGUGUUUGGGAAACUGCCCACCUACCCCUCCCCUAAGUCAUCAUUUUGCCCUUAGUGAGAAGUAAGAGUUAAUGUUAGCUUAGGGGAGGGGUAGGUGGGCAGUUUCCCACAAACCUAACUUGAUCCAUUCAUUCUGCGAUAUUCAUUGUUUCUGGGAUCAUUAUUGGGGGCACACCACUCCAGCCUCCUACAUGUGAUAACAAUCCUAGAAGUCUGCGCGAUAGUUAACUGUGGCUAGUCUCCCUCUUGUCUAUGAAGUGGCGAAUGAAUAAUGAUACAACUUUUUUUUAUCCUCAAACAGUUUCUCAUAGAAGGGUCUCAAUGGGGUGGUAGCUUUGACGAUUCACGGUUAUUUUUUUUUUCCAAAAUUGACAGCUGAAGGUUAAGGUUUCCAGUUUAGAAAUUCUUUAGGAACUGGAAUGCCAUGAAGGUCAACUGAAAUAGUGAGAUUUGAAACACUUUGAAGCUUUUUGACGGUUAAUCGUAAGCUGCUUUUUUGACGUUGAUGGUAGAAAACAACCUUUUUUGAUGGUUGAUGGUUAAUUUUUAGGCCAUUUGAUGACUGACGGUUACUUCAUUGGGACCCUUUCAUAGUAGUAGUUUUUCCUCCAUGCAGCUCUCGUUUGUUAAACACACAAUUAUAAAGAAGGCUUGUUAGAGGAGGUACAGGGGGGACUUUUUUAAUUUUAGUUUUGAGACAGUGACACACUACCUGUACAUGUGUAGUGCUCAACAAAUGUAAAAGAGAAGGGGGUUAAUGGUGGAAUUACAGUAUAGGGCUGAUCUUAAAAAGAGAACUAUAGCACUGACUUGUGUUGGAUUGCAUAUUACUUUAAAAUAAUUAUUAAAUAUUGUUCUUGAUAUAGUGGUUAAGAAGCCAGUUCACUUAUUUUGAACCCUGUUAUUCUCAAUGGUGCCAACAUCUCAAUUCAACAAAAAUUUCAAAUUUACUUUCAAAAAUUGUGGAAAAAUAUUGAAGAGAAAAUAGUUUAAUUUGAGUGAAGACAGAAAGGUAUCAUUAAUUUUGAGUUGUGAUAUUAAAGGAUGUCAUUCAAAACUUAAAAGAACCAGGCAGUGAAUCGUAAAUUUGCAAUGGUCUGUACGUCACAUCAUGACUUCUUCCGGAUCUCAAUACAUUCAGAGUAAUUCAGAGUAAAUAGGUUGCAUGACAAUUACUCUUAUAUCAAAGAGUCUGGAUUGUCGGCCUUUGCUUAAAUUCAGUUGAGUUUAGGAGAGCCAAAUGAUUUUUCUUUAAAGGUGUUUUGGAAUUGAAUUUUCAGUUGGUGUACUGUUGCAGGUUGCAUAGGAAUUGUUGACUAUGAUGCAGUGGAAAUAAGCAAUCUUCAUCGACAAGUUCUUCACACAGAAGGCAGGGUGAACAUCUCCAAAGCCGAAUCUAUUAAAAUCCAGUUAAAUCAGUAAGAUGUUGUCUUUAAAAUUAAUAUUUGAUAUCCAUAAUGACAAGUACCAAUAACAACCUCGUAGUGAAAUAAAGCUGUCGUUGUUAUUAUUAAGGUUACCUGCAGUGAAAAGGUAUCUAUAGUGUAGUUAAAUUCAUAAAUGCUUAAUUAUCUUCUCCUGUUAUGGAGCUAUUUGGGGAAAAUCAAAUUUGGGACUACUGUGACCAAAUUCAGCUAGCUGUUAGGCCAGGACUUGAACUUGGGGGCCUGCCGAGUCCAGCUCUCUAAUCAAUUGGCCAUUUUCACCAGAAACUCAAUACAAACAGUUUGAGUUGCACUACCCCAUCAACACAGUGCAUCAUGAUUUCUUUACAGAAACCAACCCUUUUAUUCAUCUCUUCAAUUUAUUAGGUAGGUGUUUAUACUUUGGAUCUCUACUAGUACCAUUACAUUCAGAAUUGAAUGGACACACAAAGCAACUUCCAGAACGUUACAACUAAUAUUUCUCUUUGCUCAGUAUCUACAUGCAAGCACUACCUUUUCUGGUCUUAUUAAUUUUUACUUUACUUUUCAUUUAUUAUCAGGUUGAACUCAACUGUCAAGUGCAUACCAUACAAUUUGCAGCUUACAAGCAGUAAUGCUCUAGAAAUAAUUGAAAAAUAUCCUUUUAUGUUUACACCACUUUUUUAUUAUUGUCUUUUAAUUUUAAGAGUGCCUACAGUUCAUUCGGUUCAUUCCGAGUAUUUUAUUCCUUAAUUAACAAACAUAUGAUAUUGUGUUAGAUGCAACAGACAAUGUGGCUACCAGGUAAAGUUGGAUUUACUUCUAAUCAGCGUGAUGUAUGCAUUUAGUCUUUAUCCAGGGCUGGAAAAAAUCUUGAAAUCUAGCUUGUCCGUUGGGUAAGCAGCUCUCACAUUUUGCUUGUCUGAGACCAUUUCUUGCUUGUCACAGCUAGUGAUUUUGGCAUUGGAUGACUUGCCCAGACCCUUGCCCAUUAAAUCUUACUUGCCCAGCAAGAAAAUCUGCUUGUCCCAGGCUACUGAUUGGGACUUUUUUUCAAGGCAUUUUCAUUAUCACUAACAUGAUACAGGUUGUUUUGCGAUUAGCAAGCAACAUUUCAUAUUUGAUGAACUUGCCUUUUUUAACCAACUUGUCAUAUAGACAAUCAGAGUAUUCAUUAGGCAUCGGAGAUUGGAGAAUUCUGUUUACUAUGCAGAAUUCUCUGGCUAACAUUCGGUAGCCUAUGACAAUUUUUAUUCAGACAUGGGGACUCUUUCAGAAUAUUCUUGUGUACAACACCUUCAUCCUGCUACUAGAAUUCUUAUUGUAUUUUUAUCAGGACAUGAUAAAAUGUGUUCAGAUGAUUUCUGUAAAAACAAACAGUUCCCGUCAUCUUCCCCACCCCUAGUUAUGAACAUAUAGACCCUUUGCAGCUCACACUUAAAUUCAUGUGACCUGCUUGAUCCAAAAGUUAUGGGGUAUAACUUAAACAAUACUGGAGAUGGAAAGGGUGUUAGAAACCAUAUGUUACAGGUCAAAAUUAAAUCUAGGUUAGAAAUUUUUUAACCUAGAUUGAUUUUCAAUUUCCUUUGUCUCCUAGCCCUAAUUCAUGAAUAAUUAUGGCUCGGAGACAUAGGAAAUAGAGAAUCAACCUUGGUUGAACAAUAUUAUUUUAACCUGAAUUUAAUUUUGACCGGUAACAUGUACAUCAUAAUGGUAGUCUGACUGAGUUAAUAUCUCCUGUAAUUCUUGAUCUCUACCUGUACCAGAUAUUUGUUGAAUGAUGCCUGUGUUUUGGCAAAGAAGCCCUUGAUAUCUGGCAGUGCCUUGAGAUUUGAGGGGCAGGUAAGGUUGUAUUCUGUCUCCUGUGAUCUGAAUAUUUUACCUUAAAGUAUUGGAACCUCCUGUACAACUACUUCAAUUGUCCAUCAUAAUUUUGUACAGUCAAACCUGUAUAUAUGGCCCCGUAUAAAGUGGUCACCCUGUAUAAUUAUUAUGGUCACAGGACAACUUCCCUAAUUUUUCAGUUGUUUUAUAUUUUCUGCAAAGUUGACCCAUAUUUAGCGGUCACCCUGUAUAUAAUGGUCACCUUGCCAUUUCCCAAGGGUGACGUUGUACACUGGUUCGACUGUACGUCAUAUAUAUAAAGGCAUUUUAAUGUUAUCAAAGAAUACAAAAUUUAGAUAAAGGCAGGCCAAUAAUACUUCAAAAUAAAUGUUUCUGUUUUCUUUGAAAGUUGACUGUCUACAACCAUAUGGGGGGUCCAUGCUACCGCUGUCUAUUCCCCAGUCCACCUCCACCAGAAUCUGUUGGAAACUGCUCAGAUUCAGGAGUCCUGGGACCAGGUAGGACAACAACACAAAUUAAGAAGGUGAUAAAGGGUCUAGCAAAAGCUAUUCAUCACAGUACAAAAAAAAUGUUUUUGAUCUGAUUCGAUGAUGUGAUGAUUAUUAUUUUUUUAUAAUAUUUUUUAGUGCCUGGUGUUAUUGGUACACUACAAGCUCUAGAGGCUAUAAAAAUUGCUGUUGGAAUAAAACGUAUCCUUAUUGUAUAUAUAUAACAUUAUGCACUUACACUCAGAUCCCGAGGGAAACAGUUAGUUUUGUUUUCCCAAAUAUAUAUAUUCCUCCUUAAUUUCACUGUCAGCCUCCUACUCACAAAAGAUGUUAAUUUAUGAUGCACUUGAUGGCAGGUUUCUUACCAUCAAACUACGACCAAGACAGUCAUGCUGCUCUGUUUGUGGAGACAAUCCUACAAUAAAUACACUUCAGGAUUAUGAACUCUUCUGUGGAGCCUCUGCUACUGAUAAGGUUAUUAGAAAAAAAAACUUUUAAUAAUUAAUGUACAACCACCUUUAACAAGUGACCAUUUAAUUUAAGUAAUUUUUGCAAGGUUAUCCCCCCCCCCCAGCUUCUCCAACAAUAUGUUGCCCUGCAAUAGAAUAGCACCCCAUUAUGGAAUCAUGCCUACUGAUUUGUGUCGAUAGUAAAUGCAAAUUUUUCUGUCAAUCAAAUGUCUCCUAUUAUUUGUAGGUGGAAACUGGUGUGGAGCGAUUGCAUUUCCUUAAAUACAAAGGAUAGCAACAUGAAAGCUUUGAACUAUCGAUCUGCUUCAGUUAAAAUAAUUAUCUUUGUAUCAUGGAAACAGUAUGUUAACACUACAGCUAGAGGCAAAGGAUGCAACAUGUGAUUGCGUCCUUUGUGAGCGUGCAAAUAGUCAUGGGACCCGUGAUUUUAUGGCCAACAUGGAUCAAUUGGUAGAAUUCCAUAAUACCCUCGAUUCCAGGGGGAGUAGCCAUACCCAAGUGCCUCAAUAGCUACUGCCAUGAGGGCCUCAUGGGGUUGGCUUGUGUGCAUCAUCUUCACCUUACCUUUUAAUACUCAUGUAUGUACUUUUCCCAAUCAAGGCACUUUUAAUGUGGGCCUCAAUGAAACAUGACCACUUCUCAUAAGUGACACCGCAAUCACUUUGAAUAGUUUCUGCUUCUCUAGUUUAGAAUAGAAUUUUGUCCAUUGGUCUCUAAUCUUCCAAACAAUGUUGUCUGAUCUCUUUUAGCACCAUGCUGCAUCAUAACUCAGAAAUUCUGUGCAAUAAAAUUAUUACUUUCUCUUUGAUUGUGGACAUGUGUGCCAGACCUGUUGCCCAGAGGAUUUGUUAUGGUUAAAUCCAUUUUAAGGUUUAAAUGUGAUUGUUUAACUAGGUUACCGAAUUACAGGCCUUAGGGUAGCUAGAACCCAUUUAAACAGGCUAACCAUGAUAGGUUAAACAGCUGUUGACCCUGAGAAUGGAUACAGAUGCAUGUCACCAUUGUGGUCAGAGUACUCUAGCAAUUAUAGACCACCUGAGUCUUACUGGGCUGACAGAUCCAAAACCAACCAAACAAAGGACUGCUGUAAGCAAUCAAGUUUUAUAUGACCUGCUUGAAUGGUGUUUUUCUCUACUUAUAGACCCCAUCUUUAAGAAUUCUACAGAAGCAACAAAGAAUCUCUGUUCAGGCAAGUAACUUUUAUAAUCAAAGUUUUACCUUAAUAUUAUUAUUAACCCACUAGAACUGGCUGUCCAAAAAAACGGUUAGAGAUUUUUAAAUAACAACAAGUUUAGGAGCAAAACUCAAGGGUGAAAACUGUAUACAUUUGACUUUAAUGCAUAAGGCUGCCAGAGCAGUUGCUAGUAUGAUGCCCUAGUCAUGUAGUUUCUUGGCAGUACUGUGUGUGCUGUUUAGAAAAAACCAACAGAGGACGUUUGUCUAAGGAAACAACAAAGUUGGCAGAAUCCAUGACGUGAACUGUCCACUGGAUACACUUACCUCGUAGUGGCUGCAAUAAAAUUUUCCUUUGUUUUAUAUCAUAAAAUCAUGAAAUUUAUUUGGAUCAGUCAUGAGACCCUCUUAGGGGGGUUACCUGUGUCCCUAGUCUGAAUUUGAAAGCCUGUUGUUUUGCGGAUUAAGGAGGAAGCCAUGUCUCUGUCAGUAUUUUUUCUAUUGUUUUGGCACUUUUGUCUGUCACUGUCACUGUUUCAACCCAUCUUUAUGUCAUUUGUCGUCAUUUCUGCUGUCCUAUGUUGCUGUUUCAAGGUCAUGUCACUUGUCAGAAUUUUACCCUAACAGCUGGGCCUAAGUCAUGUGGUCCUGGAUCAGUAUUGAUUCUGGGAAACCACCCACCUACCCCUCUCCUAACCCAACUAACGCAACAUUUUGUCCUCAUUGAGAGGUUAUUGUUAGCCUUGGGUUAGGGGAGGGGUGGGUGGCAUUCCCAACGUCUUUAAUAUACUGAUUGCAAUGGUCAAUUCUAUGGUUUCUGCUGAUGAGUGGGGAAGAGGCCAGAUCCCAUUUGUUUUAAUGUCUGAUAGCACUAUCCACUGCAUAAAAUCACUAGAUCCAGUAGAUAGGUAAAUUAGGGAAACCAAAAAUGCAUUAUCUGGACACUGGAUACAUGUAGAGACUUAUCCAAAAAUAAAUCCACCUUUUCAACAACUGGGGCCAGAACAUCAAAGUUUCUGUUGGGUCAAAAUUUUUCAUUCCUGAAAGUUGGCACCUUCUACAGUAGACCUUAUUUCUUAGUUCCUCACAUGCAUUUGGAGUAAGCUUUAUCUAAUCUCAUGGCUUUUAUUAUUAUUUUUUAGGAAUAUAAACAAGUUGUUGAACAAAAAUGUCCUCACAUUCUUGUAGAUGUACGGGAACCUGUUGAACUGGAUAUAUGUUCUCUUCCUGGAUCCUUAAGUAUCCUUUGCAGUAAAAUGUUUGUGCAUAGUACUAUAAAAAACCACUCAUGACUGAAUAAGCAAUCCCUAGUAAAUAAGUACACCCACCCACCACCCAGAACCCUUGUAUCUGACAGAAUGCACAGAAGUUAUCAUAAAAAAUUCACUGCUGAUUACGUAUACCAGUUGCGGCAACAGCUAACAGAUUCAUUUUCAAAUUAUCGAUUCUUAAUGGAAUCUUGGGGGGGGGGGGUACACUUGACAUGGGUUGACAGUAAUACAGGUGAAGUUAACGUUGUUGAUCAUGUUGGUGAUGAUGAUAACAGCAGUGAUGGCAGUGAUCAAAUAACAGUAAUAUGAUGACAAUGGAUUUGCAUGCUUUGAAUGAUAGGUAUAUAUGGGUAUAAGAACCGUUAUUGUUAUUGAAUUCCAUUUUGAGUGACUUUAUCAUUUUCCUCAGCUAACAUGCUGCUUGCAAGAUAUUCCUCUGAGAAUCCUUCAUUCUUCUGAGCAGCAGAAAAAACUUAGACAGGCAGUUUCCUAUUUUGCUGAAGAAAAUAAGUUAAAAGCAGUUAAUGGUGAGUGGUUAACUGACUGUAAUAGAAAUUAGAGAUGAAUUCAUCUGCAAAUGCGAUAGCCUGUGCCACAGACGGAACUCAUCUUCUUGUUAAGUCUGUCUUCUAAACAGUGCUGAAAUCCUAGUUCUGGGCCCCCACCUGUGUAACAGGAUUUGAGUGUGUGCCAUGAAUUGCCUGUUAAAAAUGCCAUUGUUGAUUUGCCAAUCAGCUUGAAGAAAAAUUCAAAAUGCAUUUGUGGUAAUUCGUUGCAUCUGUUGGGCACUCAGAACAAGGAUAUGGCCCCACAUCUAACUGCAGGGGUUAGAUUACAUCUGUGUCACAGGCUGCAUAUUCAAAAGACAAUCAGAUAACAGAUCAAUAAAUAAGUUAUGAAUGUAUGAAAAUCAUAUAUGUGAAGAAUAAAUAACAUGAAAGAACAUCAUCACAGUUAUAGAUGCAACUUUUGCAGUUGCGAAAAGAAAGCCUGAAUUUGGUUUGUACGGGAUUCGAACCCUUGACCUCUGCAAUACCGGUGCAGCGCUCUUACCAAUUAAUCUAAAAAGCCAACGGGGAGCAGUUCGAUGAAUUGAUGAAUUAUAAACCCGUGAAAGGAUAAUGACGAAGUUAUGAAUGUAUUAAAAUCAUAAUUAUAUGAAAAAGUUGUGUCUAAGUUUCCUAUGAUCUUCUUUUAUAUAAAUAAAUUAUUUUUGUCACUUUAAAGUCAAUGAAGAGGUUACAUUGUAAAUAACAUUUCUUUAAUGUAUGAUUUUGAAUUAUUAUUUUUGUUAUGCACAAAUUUUAUCCUAAUGAUAUUAAUAUUUCUUGUAUAUUAUUUUUGCAGUGUAUGUAUUAUGCAAGCAAGGCAAUGAUUCACAAAAAGCAGUCCAGUUAUUAAUAGAUAAGGGAUUUUGCAAAAAUCUCGAUAACCUUCUAUUAAAUGAUGAUCCAUCAUGCGUUAGAGACAGCACCCUAGAUACAUCAGCUGGAGGGAAACUCAAUGUUACAUUUAAAGACAUUGCUGGUGGCCUUCAAGCUUGGGCCAAACAUAUUGAUAAGGAUUUCCCUGUUUACUAG